GAGAGGUUGCUCCCCGGUCCCGGUGAUUGAGAUCCCAGGCACUCGGGACACUCCCGUUCCCGCCCAAAGGCCCAGGGCGGGCCCGGAGCGUAAAGAAUGCCACUUGGGGCCUCCGGACGCAGCAGCUUGGAGUACACUUUGGUCCCGGACCGCCCUGUUACAAAGGAGAGGCUGAGAGGGGGCGGGCUACUGCUGUGGCCAACGUUGCCGAGGGCAUCUGUCCUUCCUUUACAUCAUGGCAGUCUACCGCGUGUGUGUGACCACUGGUCCCUAUCUGAGGGCAGGCACAAUGGACAAUAUCUCUGUCACACUGGUGGGCACAUGUGGGGAGAGCCCAAAGCAGCUGCUGGAUCGCUUGGGCAGGGACUUCGCCACUGGAUCGGUGCAGAAGUACAAGGUGCGCUGUUCAGAGGAUCUGGGUGAGCUCUUGCUGCUGCGUCUGCACAAGGAACGCUAUGCUUUCUUCCGCAAGGAUUCCUGGUACUGCAGCUACAUCUGUGUCACUGCCCCUGAUGGUACCCGUUACCAUUUUCCCUGCUAUCAGUGGAUUGAGGGCUUCUGCACCAUAGAACUGCGACCAGGAACAGCAAGAACUAUUUGUCAAGACUCCCUUCCACUCCUUCUGGAUCACAGGAAACGGGAGCUCCAGGCCCGGCAGGAUUGCUACCGCUGGAAGAUCUAUGCCCCUGGCUUCCCCCGCAUGGUGGACGUCAGCAGCUUUGAGGAAAUGGAGUCAGACAAGAAAUUUGCCUUGACCAAGAUGACAUCCUGUGCAGACCAGGGUGAAAGCAGUGGGAAUCGGCACCUGCCUGGCUUCCCCAUGAAAAUUGACAUCCCGUCCCUGCUGCACAUGGAGCCCAAUAUUCGCUACUCGGCCACCAAGACGACCUCUCUGCUCUUCAAUGCCAUCCCUGCAUCCUUAGGCAUGAAGAUCCGAGGGCUGCUGGAUCGCAAGGGCUCGUGGAAGAAGCUGGAUGACAUUCGGAAUAUCUUCUGGUGCAACAAGACCUUCACUUCAGAGUAUGUCACAGAGCACUGGUGUGAGGACAACUUCUUUGGGUACCAGUACCUGAAUGGCGUCAAUCCUGUCAUGAUCCGUUGCCUCUCAAGCUUGCCCAGCAAGCUACCUGUCACCAAUGACAUGGUGGCCCCCUUGCUAGGAGAGGGCACCUGCCUCCAGACAGAGUUAGAGAGGGGGAACAUCUUCCUAGCGGACUACUGGAUUCUGGAGGAGGUUCCUGUCCAUUGUCUAAAUGGCCGCCAGCAGUACAAGGCCGCCCCGCUCUGCCUGCUGUGGCUCAACCCCCAGGGAGCGUUGUUACCCUUGGCCAUCCAGCUCAGCCAGGCCCCUGGGCCCGAUAGCCCCAUCUUUCUGCCCACUGACUCUGACUGGGACUGGCUGCUGGCCAAGACGUGGGUUCGCAACUCUGAGUUCCUGGUGCAUGAGAACAACACACACUUUUUGUGCACGCAUUUGCUAUGUGAGGCCUUUGCCAUGGCCACGCUUCGUCAGCUGCCUCUCUGCCAUCCUAUCUACAAGCUCCUGCUUCCCCACACUCGCUACACGCUGCAGGUGAACACCAUAGCACGUGCCACGCUGCUCAACCCUGAGGGCCUGGUGGACAAGGUCACAUCCAUCGGAAGACAAGGCCUUCUCUCCCUCAUGAGCACGGGUCUGGCCCACUUCACCUAUACCGAUUUCUGCCUUCCGGACAGCCUGCGGGCCCGCGGCGUUCUCCUCAUCCCCAACUACCAUUACCGAGACGACGGCCUGAAGAUCUGGGGGGCCAUUGAGAGCUUUGUCACAGAGAUCGUGGGCUACUAUUAUCCCAGUGACACAUCUGUGCAGCAGGAUUCAGAGCUGCAAGCCUGGGUCGGCGAGAUUUUUGCUCAGGCGUUCCUGGGCCGGGAAAGCUCAGGCUUCCCACGCAGCCUGGACACUCCAGGAGAGCUGGUGAAGUUCCUCACUGCAAUCAUCUUCAACUGUUCCGCCCAGCAUGCUGCUGUCAACAGUGGGCAGCAUGACUUUGGUGCCUGGAUGCCCAAUGCCCCAUCAUCCAUGAGGCAGCCCCCUCCCCAAACCAAGGGCACCACCACCCUGAAGAGUUACCUAGACACACUCCCGGAAGUGAACAUCACCUGUAACAACCUUCUCCUCUUCUGGUUGGUCAGUCAAGAGCCCAAGGACCAGCGGCCCCUAGGCACCUACCCAGACCAGCACUUCACCGAAGAGGCCCCACAGCAGAGCAUUGCUGCCUUUCAGAGCCGCCUGGCCCAGAUCUCAAAGGAAAUCCAGGAGCGGAAUCAGAGCCUGGCGCUGCCCUAUGCCUACCUGGACCCGCCCCUCAUCGAGAACAGUGUCUCCAUCUAGCCCCCUCCUCUGCACACCCCGGAAAAAAAGGCCCAAACAUGAGGAGGGCCAGCUUCUCAGGGUCUGCCAGGCCCUUCCAUCCUCUGUGUUCUCAGUCAGCGUGAACCUUCUCUGAACAAGAGAACCUUUUCCACCAAAGAGCCCUGAGCUGUGAGGGACCAGUAUGUCCAGGAUGAGAAGCUGCUGACUACAGACAAAUGUACAACAGGCCCCUCCAAAAGGAAGGAGCCUCAACUCCCCCUGCCCACUCUGGCCAGCCUCCCAAUCUCAUCUCCUGUGAAAAUCUACCUCCUCCCAAGGGGACCCCCAGCUUGGGACUCCUUCCCAAUUCUCCCCAUCCCGCAAAACGUUCUCCUACCUUGCCUUUUUUUCCACUUUCUUCUAAGCCUAGGACCAACCAAACUAGCUUCCUUCUCUGGAAGAACCUGGUAACAGGGUAAGAAAGGAUGUGUGCCCUAGAUUGGCUAUGUGGUCCCCUUUGAUCCCAGCAGUUUAAAGGGUGGGUUGGAACUAGAACCCAGUUUAUCUGGACCUCUAGCUAUUGUUCUCAGGGACAGGCAUCCUGGACUGAAUAUGUAUGGGGUGUCUCUCCCCAGCUUUUGUCAUAUCCCAGGAUCGUCUCUCCUACCCUUUUACUUUUUGUCCUUGAGCCCAGUGAGUUCAAUAAAUA